AUGUGCUUUGCCAAGAAGCACAACACAAAGGACCUGAAGAAGAUGCAGGCCAACAACGCCAAGGCCAUGAGUGCACGUGCUGAGGCUGUCAAGGCUCUCAUAAAGCCCAAGAAGGUCAAGCCCAAUAUUCCAAAGGGCAACAGCCACAAGUUCAGUCGACUUGCCUACAUUGCUCAUCCCAAGCUCGGGAAAUGUGCUCUUGCCCACAUCGCCAAGGGUCUCAGGCUCUGUCGCCCAAAGGCCAAGGAUAAGGCUCAGACCAAGGCUGCAGCUUCAGAUGCGGCUGCAGCUUCAGAUGCAGCUGCAGCUGCAGCUCAGGCUCAGGCUCAGGCUCCCGAAGGUGUCCAGGCCCCCACAAAGGCUCCAGAGUAG